GGGCAGUUUUCACUCAGCAACAUGGCAGGAAUGCCGGGCAUGCCCAACAUGCUGCUCUUUGAAAACUUCCUUGAUCAGCCGGAGCCCUUGUUUGGCUCGGAGCAACACAUCAGGGUUGGACAACUGCACCACCCUGGUCUGCAAGACAACUGUGCACCCUGUGAGCUUCCCAUCGCUAUGCAGCCGGACGUCAAUAAAUCGGGCUGUGAUUACCCCGCCGGCAGAUUUGGUGCUGAGGAGAUCUUGUGGUUGCAAUCAGCUCGGCAAGAGAGCAGCUGCGCUGAUAUGGACAGCACACACACCCAAAACAUGGAGCGCACAGGCUUCGAUUUGUCCACAAAUAUAGGAGGAGGGUGUGAUCACAGCUUGCACUCAGAAAUAACUCGCUGCCAAACAGCUUUGGAGUGCUCCGCAAAUUCGGAGGAGGGCAAGAGGGAGGAACCAGAGAUGACCGCAGAGGAGCUACGCAGGCAGAAGAGACGCAAAAUCAACCGCGAGUCUGCUCGUCGGAUGCGCCUGAAACCCAGGACGGAGGUCGAGGAGCAAAAGACACUGGUGCAGGUGCUGCUUGGACAGCUGGCGCUGCUCCAAGACGCCCACAGGCGCCUCCUCGAUGACUACAACCUGCUGCGGCAGCAAGUGUACAACAUUUCAGAGCCGCUGCCUCGCCAGUAGGUGGCAUGAUUUAGGAUGCAAGUUUGCAUCAUCGAGAUGAAUCACCAGAUUGGUGCCUGCUUGCAGAUUGGUCGGUGUGGGACGUGUGCAGUUUCUUUUUUUUUUACUGCAAAAGCAAAACCGUUG